GGUUAAAUAUAUUUGAUACCUUCUUUAAUAUAUUUUUUGCGUAUUCUCCAGGUUGGGCAUACCAGCUCAAAUUGUAGGGUUAGGGGCAACCCUCUAUGGCCAAAUCUGAUAAGGAUAUAUUUGAGACAGAGCUGCGAGAUAUGAGCUCGACAUCCAGAGAGGUCCUCGGUGGCCAGAAGCAUGAGCCCAACGUCCUGGAGAAGUUUGUCCAGCCUUGCUUGGUGGAGCUGCUUGGGAGCACCUUAUUCUUCUCCAUAGGAUGUCUAUCUGUGCUUAUAAACCCAGAAGGUGCCGGACCCCUGAUACCUGCACUUGCACACGGGCUCACGCUGGCAUCGCUAAUCUCUGUCCUCGGCAAUGUAAGUGGUGGACAUUUCAACCCGGCCGUUACUCUAGCCGUGGUAAUCUCUGGCGGCCUGACUCCUAUACUGAUUUUACCCUACUGGAUCUGCCAGCUGUCCGGAGGAAUGCUAGGGGCCCUGCUGGCAAGAGGACUGGCAGACGAGGCUUUGUUUUUGAAUCGGACGGGGGCGGCCUGUAUUGUCCACAGUGGAACCUCUGUUGGGAAAGCAGUGGGAGUGGAAAUAGUCCUGAGUUUUUUCUUGAUCUUCACUGUGUUGAUGGGAGCCUUGGGUGACCGAUCCAAAACUCAACUUGCUCCGUACUCUGUGGCUUUCACUGUUGUGGCGGGAAUUUUAACAGGAGGUUCAAUAUCAGGCUCCUGUCUCAACCCAGCUCGAGCGCUGGGCCCCGCCGUGGUCAGCGGUUACUGGGAUUAUCACUGGGUGUACUGGGUUGGCCCUAUUGCCGGGGCCCUCAUCGUGUCUAUUAUAUACAGGUUUCUGUUGGCUGGAAGGUCUCAUAGAUUAUUCUUCAAAUAACCAAUUUAGAAUCAAAUUAAAAGGUCCACGUUUACCGAUCUGUAAGCAGCAAACGUGGGCAUUUUGCUCUGGAGAAGAGAAAUUCACACCGGUCCUCACAUCCUAUGGAUUUUACGACUUUAUUUAAGUUUUAAGGUACUCGGACAUCGAUCCUCAUUUCUUUUUUAAUAAUUUACCUUUUUUAUCGACCAGUUCCCCUAUUCCAUAUCUCUGGUAUGCGGCAUUUCCGGAAGUGAUAUUUUAAGAGCUCCGCUGUAAUGAGUUACUUUCCUACACGACUCUUCCCUUGUGUUACAAAAACCAAUUCCGAACAUGUGAUAAAGUGGGACGAUUUUAUUAUUAUUAUGUAAUAAAUCCCACGCAGUAUUGUC